UUAUGAGAUAACAAUCGCCUAAUUUGAAAUAAUCAAGGGCAAGUUCGGCUUAGUAAAAUAAUUCUGUAGCUGUAAGUCAAAUUGAGAAAUCAAAAAUAGAAAAAUAGUAGGUAGUCUCUAAACAUGAUAAGAUGAAAAGCUAUGCAAAGGAACAAUAGAAUGUUUCAAAAAAACAUGAAAAUGUAUAAUAUCAAAUUGACCUUAUAGAUAGAACCUACUAAAUUAAUUGAACAGAAUGUGAAAUUAAAGGAGUAGUUGUAAGAGCUAAUUGUGCAUCUUGAUAAUAUUGUUAAAAAUUAAAAAGAAAAGUAAAAGGAAGAAAAAUAAAAGAAAUUUGCCAAACCAUUAGAACCUGCAGAUAAGAAGUCUGUUUUAAAUCAGCAAGAAAAAUAAAUUAAUGAUAAUAUUGCACAAAUCAAAUUUUUGUCAAAGUAAUUAGAAUAAACCUAUGAUAUAAAUAAGUAAUGAUCAUUGUUAAUUGUUAGGAUUAAAGAGAAGGAAGAUAAGAAAAGAUACUUGGAAAAUGAAUAUUCUAAAUUAUACAAAGAGUAUGAAUCACAGCAGAAGAUUGAUCAAAAAUAAAAUGAAGGAUUGAAACAAAUGGACUUGAAAGAAUAAUAAUAGAUCAUUGCUUCUAUUAAGAAGGAAUUGUAGGAUGAAUAAAAAACUUCUAGAACCUUAGUUGAGGAAAUCAAUAGAAUUGAAAAAGAUGUUCAAAAGUUACAUAAUGAAAGAGUAACCAAAUUAAAACAAAUAUCAGAUCUCUAAUAAAAAAUAGCAUAGAAAAAGAGAAAUAAGUAAGUUGAAGAAGAAGUAGAUGAUAAUAAAUUGAAAUAAUUGGAAGAUGAAAUUUUUGAACUCUAGAAAAAAAAAGAUGAAACAAUGAAAAAUUAUAGUGAGAAAUACAAAAAAUUGGAAUCAGAUAGAAACUAAAUUAAAAAUGAAGUUGAACAAAAGAGAAAUCUAUUGAUCAAAUUAGAAAGAGAUACAAAAAUCAACAGGGUUUUCAUACAUGAAGCAAAUCGAUAUUUGAGAUUGAAUGAGAAAUCUUCAUAAAGAUCAAGUAAACCUGUAUUUUCAGCACCCAGGAAACCUACAACUCCUAGAAAGGAAACUCCAUCUCCAAAAUCGGAUAAAGGAUCAAUUAGGAAAAUUCCCUCUUAAAAUAAAGUAGAAAUUAUUAAGGAAGAAUAAUUUGAAGAAACAGUACCAAAUUUAGAUGUUCAACAAUAAAACUUAAGAUAACCAAGAUCAAUGGAAUAAACUAACAAAACCACGCAUGAACAACGAGAUAUUAAAAACGAAUAGAAAUAAAAGUCUAUCGAAUAAAAGGAAGUUUAAUAAGAGAAUACACAAAUAGAAAAACCAAUUGAAUAAUAAAAUUCUCUACAUACUAAUAAUGAAGAGGAAACUAAGAGUCUGAUUGAUCAGAAUGAUAAUAGUACUCAGCAAAACCAAUAGAUUCAAUAGCCAAAGUACAUUAAUAUAUUUAAUUUUAAGCAUAUAUAGAAAACCAAUGAUGAUGGUAAAAAAAAAGUGAUAACAUUAAUUUAUUUAUUUA